ACAAACAACGAAGGAAGCUCGAACAACAUGGGUCUCGUCGAUUAUUCAGACUCUGAUGCCUCGGAUAUCGAAGAGGCACCAGUACCAGCGCCUAAAUCAGCGGCAACAUCAUCGAAACCAGCAUUUCACAAAGUAGUGGACCGAUCAAACCCAGGCAAAAUCCGAGUUUCUUUACCACAAGCUACUUUGAAGGACGAGACCUCGAGCGACGGACCUCCUACCAAACGAGCAAAGACAGGCGGUGGAGCUUUCAGUGGGUUCAAUUCAUUUCUGCCACCACCAAAGCGGACUGGACAAACAAAUGUAACAUUAGGUGGAGGUACUGCAGCGAAGAAGGGAGUGCUUGGAGUAGGCGUAAGCUUAAAGACUGGAUCUGCACCAGGCUUCAGCAGAGAGCCUGAGCCUGAGAGAGAAUAUGCUGAGGAGGAAGAAAGUGGUCCAGCAACUACAAAUGGGGGAUCUGGACUCAGUCUUCCGCCACCAAGAGCAUCACAAGUCGAAGGACAGAAGCCUGCAGAGGAGGUGAAAUUGGUCGGGAAACCUUUGAUGUUCAAGCCAUUAUCAGUAUCCAGAAAGCCUGCAAAGAAGAAGAAAGCCAUACCUGGUGCUGCACCGUCCACAACUGCAGCAAUACCUGCUACCCCAGAGCCGAAGCACGAGAAACCUGCCCAGAGGCCAAAAGUGUCUCUAUUCUCGAUGUUGGCGGAGACAGAGAGUCCCUCCUUACCAAGAGGGAAUGGGGAAUACCAGCCGAUGAUGUUAGAAGUCGAGGAAGCAGGCGAAGAAGAAGAAGCAGAUCCCUUCGGCCUCGAGCCCUCAUACGAAGACUACACCCCAACAACUUCGCACGUCGCACCUCCCGCCGUCCCCACACCCCCAGUCUCGCAGUCUCUCGACGACAUAGCCGGCGACUUAAAACUUUCAGCUGCAGAGCGAAGACAACUAUUUGGGCGCCAAAAAGACGGACGAAGGCAAGCAGCCACAAAAGUCAUCAAUUUCAACACAGAUCAGGAGUAUCUUCACAAUGAAGAGCUUCGUGCUGCUGGCGAACAAAUCGUGCAUAACCCUGUUAGGGCGAUUGCUCCUGGCAAGCAUAGCUUGAAGCAGUUAGUCAAUGCGGCGCAGAGCCAGAAGGAGGCAUUGGAGGAGAGCUUUGCGAAGGGGAAGAGCAACAGGGCUGAGGCGAGUAGUCGGUAUGGAUGGUAAAUAUGGCAUAAUCGAGCUGAAUCAUACCCC